GCCAGUGCCUGAAGCCUCACCCAUCCCAGAGCCAGUGCCUGAAGACUCGUCCAUCCCAGAGCCAGCACCUGAAGCCUCGUCCAUCCCAGAGCCAGCGGCUGAAGCUCGUCCGUCCCAGAGCCAACGCCUGAAGCCAUGUCAUGGCUGCUCUGCCAAGCCAUGCUGUCAUGCCUGCCAUGCCAAGCCAUGUUGUCACAUCUGUCUUGUCAUGCCAAGCCGCCACUUCUGACCCACUAUGCCUGGCCGCUUAACCCCUGGGUCUCCGCCUCCAUCGGCUCCGCCCCCUGGGUCUCUGCCUCCAGUGGCUCCACGCCCUGAGUCUCUGCCUCAAGUGGCUCUGCCCCCUGAGUCCCUAGCGGCUCCGCCCUCUGAGAUUCCAGCAUUCCUCGCUGUCUCAUCAGGCCCUGUUUCAAAGCCCACGUCUGUCUCAUCAGGCCACAUUCCUGGCCAUCCACCAGAUCUGCCCUGGUCUCCUAGACUCCUGCUGGAUCUGCCCUGGUCUCCUGGCCUCCUGUCACAUCCACCCUGGUCUUCUGGCCACCCACCGGAUCUGCCCUUGCCUCCUGGCCUCCCACCGGCUCCACCCUGGUCGCCUGGUUCGCCCUGGUCUCCGGGUCAUCUGCCAGCUCCGCCCUGGUCUCCUGUUCCACACCAGCCACCAGACCCUCUGCCCUUGUUGCCUGGUCUUCCCUGGAAUGUGAUACUCCUUAGCUGGUUCCCCGAGGAUGGAUGGAGGGGCCGUCUGAUAUUGAUAAACAAACACAUACACACCUUAAAUAACAUGUGAUCAAAAAUCACCAAAUACUUUGGUGUCUUGUUUGAG